AUGGCCGCCCGCAGCGCCGCUCUUAAGAUUGACUGGGUCAAGGUGACCAGCUCUCUCGGCCUCCGCGGCCAGACCGCUGCCUCUCUCCAGGCUUUCAAGAAGAGGAACGACGAUGCCCGUCGCAAGGUUCAGCUUCUGUCCGAACAGCCCCAGACCAUCGACUUCGCCCACUACCGCAAGGUCCUGAAGAACCAGGCCAUUGUCGACGAGAUCGAGAACCAGUUCAAGACCUUCAAGCCCGCCACCUACGAUGUUUCCCGUCAGCUGAAGGCUAUCGAGGCUUUCGAGGCCCAGGCUGUUCAGAGCGCUGAGGAGACCAAGGGCAAGGUUGAGGCCGAGCUCCGCAGCCUUGAGAAGACCCUCGAGAACAUCGAGACCGCCCGGCCAUUCGAUGAGCUCACUGUGGAUGAGGUUGCCUCUGCCCAGCCCGAGAUUGAUGAGAAGACCGCCUCUAUGGUCAGCAAGGGCCGCUGGAUGCCGGCUGGUUACAAGGAGCGCUUCGGCGAUAUGUCUGUUGUCUAA